AUGACUUCUUUCAAUGAAAAUGCAAACAAAGCGUUUUUUGACAUGGGCUAUACAAAGCUAUGUAGUCAACAUAGAGAAAGUCUCAUGAUUCACCAGGAAACUGAAUGUGCAAGCAAUCAUUCACCACAAACAUUUGCUGCACAACAAAAACAUUAUAGAAUAUGCAUUGCAACUCAACAACAAGGCAACACAGAGUACAAGAAGGACAAAACACAUCCCCAUACAACACUCAUCGAAGCCACGACUGACAGGCACGAUAUGGCCAACAUCAGCGCUAUCGAUAUGCCAUACGUGCCAAAACUGGUCCUGGAUAAUUAUCAUACCCCAACAUCCACCACCAAACCACCUCCAGCAAUCCCAGAGAAGUCACAUGCUCAGCCAACCCCACAAACAACGAUAAUGAAGUCGUCCCAUCCCCAAAUUGACAAGCAUUUUCAACAAGGCAAGCGGCUCAAGCGAAGAAGCUACUGCUCACGAGAUAUUCCUCGAAUACUGGAAGAUCAAGCGAGUACUCCACUGGCCACACGUUUAAGCGCAAGCUCGCUUAACACCCUCAACGCGUUGACCCAUACAAGGAGCAGAAGUGAAUGUAGAGAGUUGCUGGGACGCUGGUCCAAAGUCCUUGACGAGGCUUUCUUUUUCGGGAGUUUGAUGAACCGGAUUGCGGAUGUUCAAUACACCGGGGUGGAAAGUGGCCAAUACGGUCAUUAUGAACACUCUGGGACGGGAUUGUGUAUCAAUCUUGACGCUGCAGCCCCGAGAAUUUAUAAGGGGACUCAUGAGCAACACCUGAUUUGUACUUUGGCACAUGAAAUGCUUCAUGCGUUCCUUGAUGUGUAUAGGUGUCGAUGUCUCGGAUGUCAAGGGCUGAAAGAUCCGAGUAAGGGGGGUGUUGCAUAUGAUGGCCACGGGCCGGACUGGGCUAAUAGCAUGGUCGUCGUGGAAGAAGCCUUGCAAAAAGCUGUUGACUGGCCGGUGUAUACCGGUGUGUGGCCUGGCGUAUCGCAGAGCAUGCGCAAAGACAAGUGGCAAGCGACGCAGUUCCAGACUGCUCGAUGGAGAAGAGGUGAUCCUUCACUUCUAACUGAUGAUGCAAAAGAUUUGCGACAAGAUCACCCGGCACGCCCAGCACGAAAUUCCACUUGUCAUGAACGUCUUGAAGUCCAAGGCUCUUCAUCAGAUGCCGUGGGAGGAAUGAUUGGUAGUGUCGGCGCCCACGCGGUCGGUGGUUUGUCAACCCCCGAACCAGCACAUCAGCGAAGACACAAGCGGCGGCAGUAUAGUUGGAGUGAGAAUGGGACAACUCGAUCGGAGUUAAUGACCCAAGAUGGACGACGGGAAGGAAGUCCAAGCCAUCGUCGCGUCAACCAGAUCGAAGGCUACAGAAUUCCGCGUUGUGGUGGAUGCUUGGAUUACGGAUGUGCCAUCAUGUAG